GUGUCGAAUCAUUUAAAAAAGUCCGAGUGGAAAUAAGUGCAGACUGGUGCCGUUUGCACGUGCGGCCCAGACUCCAUUGAGGCUCCAUUGAGAAAGAACGAGUCGGAGGGCUCUUAAUCCAGCGGCCCGAGAGCGGUCUGCUGGGAGGCGAAGCGGUGCGAAAAGGCAGCAAGAAAGUUCCCGAGCGGCGCACAGGAUGAGUCUAAAAUUAGGGAGGCAUCCCGACAGCGAGUGACGCAGGCCUUCUAAAGCGGACCGUCGACUCGUCUCCGUGUGUCGAUGGCAUCCGGAAUCAGGACCAUGGAAACGAUCCCUACAACUUGCCUGUUUGUUGACGACAUGCGUGUAUUUUUAGACCUUGUUGUCACCUCUCCGUGACAGCCCGGCUGCGACGUUCAGUAUAAAGGGGCUCCUUCGAAAAUGCAGCUGUACAACAGUGCGCUGACACACUACCCGAGGUCGUCUCGCAAAGUUACGAUAACUUUAUUGACCGGAUCGGCGCCGACCUCCUCCGACGCUCGCGAUCCGACCCUUGCGCCACCGCGCGCAGCCUCCGACGGGAAUCCGGUGCGGGAGACUUCUUCCUCUUCCUCUUCUUCUUCUUCUUCUUCUGCAAACAUGCCUGCCUUUUCGUGUUAUAAAGCUUCGAGGCCGGUUUACUUCACGUCGACUGCGGAGAUAUUAAUCCGCCGAGCUGAUGGAGUGGAGAGCACUGUGCCCGUCCAUAUCGUGAGGGAGUCCAACGCCAAACCCCUCUCUCCUGAUGUGGUGGUGGGCCUGAUAGAUCAUCUCAGAAAUGGCACAGAUGAUCUUUUUCCUGACUGUCCUCAGCUGGGCGGCCAUCCCGGGUUCAACCGAAGCAGAGGCGAAGUGAGCAUGAGGGUGGUUGGAAAGUCAAGUGAGGAUUGCGGAGUCCCAGUGGCUGAUGCCCCCUUGGGAAGCAAUGGAUGCGACUUAUUGCACAAAGGGGAGACGGCUCCCUCCAGAGCGGAUGCCCCACAACACCUAAUAAAGGAAGUUCUUAGGGAUCCCAACAGCGGCAAAGCUGCUUCAGCGUCGGCUGAGAGACGGGCCUUUGAGCUCAGCGUUCUGCAGGAAUCUCCCCCGCAGAGAUGCAAAGAGCGAGAGGACGUCAACAGCAAAGUCACCCGGUACCUGGCGGAAGUCGAGAAGCAGAACAAGUACCUCCAGGAGAGGCGCAAGUACAGGUACCACAUCAUUCCAGACGGCAACUGCCUGUACAGAGCCGUGUGCAAGGCCACGUGCGGGGACCAGGCCGGGCACAGGGAGCUGAGGGAGCAGACGGUGCACCACAUCGCCGACCACCUGGAGGAGUUCAACGCCAUCAUCGAGGGGGACGUGGGAGAGUUCCUGAUCAACGCGGCGCAGGACGGCGCCUGGGCGGGUUACCCCGAGCUCCACGCCAUGAGCCAGAUGCUGAGCGUCGACGUCCACCUGACGACGGGCGGGAGCUCGGAGAGCCCCACCGUCUCCACCAUGGUGCACUAUCUCGGGCAGGAGGACGCCUCCAAAGGGGCCGUGUGGCUGAGUUGGCUGAGCAACGGCCACUACGACGCGCUCCUGGACGAGUGUCUCCCCAACCCCGAGUACGAGGACUGGUGCAGCCGCUCGCAGAUGCAGAGGCAGCGGGACGAGGAACUGGCCAAGUCGAUGGCGGCCUCCUUGUCCAGAAUGUACAUUGAGCAAAAUGGGUCUGCGUGAAAUGAAUGAAUUAAAGGACGCGGACUCGCCCGGUAGAGUGCAGAGGCUCUCGUUCUGCUCAGUGUCUACAUGAUUUAAAACGUAUUAUUUUUUAUAAGAUUUAUAGCUUCAGAGACAGUGCAGUGCACAUACUUUGUUUUUUGUACAUGCCACCGGUGCCAAAUUAGUGGCAGUGGUUUCUGGAAGUGUUGGAAGGUGUGAGAGAGAGUUUUUGGCGGUUAUGUUGACAUGAUUGGAUUGACGUCUUGCUGAUAAGUUGCUGUAAUGAGGAAGUGCUUUGGAGUAUUUAUUUGCCUUUUUAUUGGCAAACCUGUGUGUUUUUUUUUAUGUUAGCGCUUCAUGGAACAUUGCCAAUUACAGAAAUGAACUUUGAUCUGUUAUUUGUCAAACAGCUGCUGUUAAAUAUCUGUAACGCUGCUCUCUUUUGCACAAAAGUCCCAUCAGACAAAUCCAGAGAGUUUGAUUUGCAUCUGUGAGAACAACUCAAUGCUUCUUUUUCUGUUAUUCCAGUUCUCUUCAGUCUUUUGACAAGAUAUUUCUAAAUAAAAUAAUGAAGAAACUU